GCGUCCGCUCGGACGAAUAAGAAGACGACGACGAAGCAGCUUGUUGAUCGUUUGGCCUCCUUCAGCUCUGCGUCGAUGAUUUCGUUGCUCGGCCGGAGCCUCGGCUCCGUCCGCAGGCUCAGCGGACCGCCGGUUCGGUCGGUUGCGCCAGACACGCCGCGUCCCCCGGAAGCGAGCGCCGCGCGUGUCCGGAAGACGUUCGUGGACUUUUUCGAGCGUGAACACGGACACUUGCUGGUCCCGUCCUCCCCUGUGCGGCCCAGAGGCGACCCCAGUCUGCUCUUCGUCAACGCUGGAAUGAACCAGUUCAAGCCGAUCUUGUUGGGCACGGCGGACCCUCGCGGCGCCAUGGCGUCGUACCGCCGGGUGGUCAACAGUCAGAAGUGCGUGCGUGCCGGCGGCAAGCACAACGACCUGGACGACGUGGGCAAGGACGUGUACCACCACACCUUCUUCGAGAUGAUGGGAAACUGGUCCUUCGGCGACUACUUCAAGGAAGAGGCGUGCGCGAUGGCGUGGACGCUGCUGACGGAGCGUUUCGGGAUCGCGUCCGACAGGCUGUACGUUUCGUACUUUGCCGGCGACGCCGCUUCGGGACUGGGAGCCGACGAGGAGACUCGGCGCAUCUGGCUGGACAUCGGGGUUCCCCCGGCUCGCCUUCUCCCCUUUGGGCCGAAGGAGAACUUCUGGGAGAUGGGCGACACGGGCCCGUGCGGUCCCUGCGCCGAGAUCCACUAUGACCGCGUGGGAGGGCGCGACGCCGCCGGGCUGGUCAACAAGGGCUGUCCGGACGUGCUCGAGAUCUGGAACCUGGUCUUCAUGCAGUACAGCAGGGAGUGCCACGGGGAGCUCCGCGCGCUGCCGUGCCGCAGCGUGGACACGGGUUUGGGUCUGGAGAGGCUGCUCGGCAUCCUUCAGGGAAAAACCUCAAACUACGACACGGACCUCUUCGCGCCGCUGAUGGACGCCAUCCAUCAGAGAAGCGGCGUGUCGCCGUACGGCGGGCGUACGGGUCCGGGGGCGCAGGUGGAUGCGGCAUACCGGGUGGUGGCCGACCACGCCCGAGCCCUGACGGUCUGCAUCGCCGACGGGGUCCAUCCCGGCACGUCGGGGGCCGAGUUGGUGCUGAGGAGGAUCCUGAGGCGAGCGGUCCGCUUCUGCACAGAGGUCCUGCGGGCUCCCCAGGGAACGCUGGCGAGCCUAGUGCCCUACGUGGCACGCAGCUUGGGCGACGUUUAUCCGGAGCUGCGCCGCGAGGCCGACAGGGUGAUGGACGUCAUCGACGAGAACGAGGAUCACUUCCUGUCCAGUCUGCUGAAGGGAAGCCGGCUCAUCCGACGAACCCUCGACACGACGGAUGCGCAACGGGGACGCUUUCCUGCAUCGGUGGCGUGCUCGCUGCACCGGGACUUGGGCUUCCCGCUGGACCUUGUGGACAUGAUGCUGGAGGAGAAGGGCGUGUCCGUCGACCGACAGGAAGUGGAGCGGCUCAUCGCAAGCCAACACAAGGCAACGUCGGAGCGGGCUGGCGCCGGCGGUCACGUUGCGAUGGGGGCGGUUGUCCUGGCUGAGCUGCGACGAGGGGGCGUGGCCUACACGGAUGACAGCGCCAAGUACGAAUAUGCCGUCGAGCGGGAGCGCUAUGUGUUCCCACCGUGCCAAGCGCGUGUGCUGGCUCUGUUCGACGGCACGGCGCUGGUGUCUCAAGUGGCGCCAGGUCAGCGCUGCGGCGUCAUUCUGGACCGGACCUCCUUCUAUGCCGAGCAGGGCGGACAGGACGCUGACCGUGGAUACUUCGUACGGGCCGACCUACAGGAAGUGCCCUUCUCCGUGGAGGGCGUGUUGACGGCGGGGGGCUACGUGAUCCACCAGGUGACCGCCACCGACACCCUCGAGACCGGAGACCAAGUGCACCUCCAUCUAGACCAGACUCACCGCGUGGCCUGUAUGACGAACCACACCGCCACGCACCUGCUCAAUUUUGCCCUCCGGAAAGUUCUGGGUCCGUCCGUGCGACAGAGAGGAACUCAUGUGUCUGCUCAACGCCUGCGCUUCGACUUCAGCGUCAAGGCCUCGCUGAGCGCCAGUGAGCUUCAGCAGGUGGAGACGUGUGUGAAGGCGGCGGUGGUGAACAAUCAGGCGGUGCACGUCCAGGAGGUCCCCCUGCAGGCCGCCAUAAAAAUCGCGGGCGUCCGGACGGUGGACGAGGCGUACCCCGACCCAGUUCGAGUGGUCUCGGUGUCAGUUCCCGUCUCCGAACUUUUGGACCAUCCCGCAGUCGAACGCACGUCGGUGGAACUCUGCUGUGGAACUCACCUGGUGCAGACGGCUUCCAUCGGCGACCUGGUGAUCGUGUCCGAACGACAGUUGGUCAAAGGAAUCAGUCGCGUUGUCGCCGUGACGGGAACGGACGCCACACUGGCUCGGGAGGCAGGGCAGUCGCUACUCGAGGAAGUGGAGACUCUGUCAGCCAGAAUGACAGGCUCUGCCCCCUCCUGUCUGGACUCUGCCCAGAGUCUCGCCAAGGAGGUCGGCGUGGUCUCUGAUGCUGUGGACAACACGCCCAUCCCCCAGUGGCUACGAGGGGAACUGCAGGUGCGCCUCAAAGCGCUGCAGAGGCAGAGCAACACUUUGGUCCGGAAGCUGGAGACGGCGCAGGCAUCUCUCACGGCCCAGGCUCUGCUGGCCAAGACCAAACAGGAAGUUGUGCUGGUGGACUGUGUGGAGGCCCCGUCGUUGUCGGUCCUGAUGAAGACGGUGAACCACCUGAGCGCGGCACGGCCCAACGCGCACAUCAUGCUGCUGGCUCGCCAAAGAAAUUCUGGGAAAAUCCUGUGCGCCUGUCAGGUUCCCAAGGACUCUGCGGCGGCGCUCUCGGCUUCCGAUUGGGCGACGGCCGUGUGUCAGCGGACGGGCGGAGACGGCGGCGGCUCGGCGGUCGUGGCCCGCGGGACAGGAACUGGCGCCGACGUCGCAGAAGCGCUGGCUUGGGCUGAGAUGUUUGCUCGCAAUUCUUUGGCGACAUUCAUGUUACAACUUCGGGAUCGGGUUCCCAUACAAACAGGAAGUGUGGGGGCCAAACCAGUGAGCGUUGAUUGAGUGCGUGUGUGAUGAGGGUGAUGAGUGGAAGCCCUGCCUACAGGUCAAUCCUAUUGGAUAAGAAUUUGCUUUGUUUUGAAAGGAAUAGUUGUGUCAGUAGUCCCAUUUUGAAGAAAUGACCUCAAACAAUCAAUUUAGAAAAUAAUCUGAACAAUCAUGUACAACCCCAAUUCCCAAAAGUUGGGACGUUGUGUUAAACAUAAAGAAAAACAGAAUACAAUGAUUUGCAAAUCAUGUUCGACCUAUAUUUCAUUGACUACACUACAAAGACAAGAUAUUUAAUGUUCAAACUGAUCAACUUUAUUGUUUUUAGCAAAUAAUCAUUAACUUAGAGUUUUAUGGCUGCAACACAUUCCAAAAAAGAUGGGACUGGUGGCAAAAAACACUGAGAAAGUUGAGGAAUGCUCAUCAAACACGUGUUUGGAACAUCCCACAGGUGAACAGGCGAAUUGGAAACAGGUGGGUGCCAAGAUUGGGUAGAAAAGGAGCUUCCCUGAAUUGUUCAGUCAUUCACAAGCAAAGAUGGGGCAAGGUUCACCUCUUUAAGAACAAGUGCGUGAGAAAAUAGUCCCAACAGUUUAAGGACAAUGUUCCUCAACGUACAAUUGCAAGGAAUUUAGGGAUUUCAUCAUCUACGGUCCUCAAAAGGUUCAGAGAAUCUGGAGAAAUCACUGCAUGUAAGCGGCGAGUUCGAAAACUGACAUUGAAUGCCCGUGACCUUUGAUCCCUCAGGCGGCACUGCAUCAAUAACCGACAUCAAUGUGUAAAGGUUAUCACCGCAUGGGCUCAGGAACAAAACCAAUGUCAGUCAAUACAGUUUUGCGCUACAUCCGUGAGUGCAACUUGAAACUCUACUAUGCAAAGCAAAAGCCAUUUAUCAACAACACCCAGAAACGCCGCCGGCUUCUCUGGGCCCGAGCUCAUCUAAGAUGGACUGACGCAAAGUGGAAAGUGUUCUGUGGUCCGACGAGUCCACAUUUCAAUUUGUUUUUGGAAAUUGUGGACGUCGUGUCCUCCGGGCCAAAGAGGAAAAGAACCAUCCGGACUGUUAUGGACGCAAAGUUCAAAAGUCUGCAUCUGUGAUGGUAUGGGGCUGUGUUAGCGCCAAUGGCAUGGGUAACUUACUGAUCUGUGAAGGCACCAUUAAUGCUGUUAUUUGUUUAACAGAACGUCUAAACUUCAUUGGAAUAGGGGUUGUAAAACAUAAUGGUGAUCAUGAAAAUAAUCACUUUGAUAACACGAAAGUGUUGCACAAUGAUUACUGUAAUUUAUCAUGUAUACUGUGCAUCCCCCCCGCUUUAAAAAUUGUCAAAAGUCAAUAGUGCGCAUUAUACAUAGGUAUAGAGGGGAAAAUGGAAAAAAACAUUUUAUAAAUGUAUGCCGCCAGCUAGAGGUUAUGUGAAAGGUGUACACUUUCAUUCUAAUAUGCCACCGCCACCUAGAGGUUAUGGGAAAAGGUGUAGACUACACUUUGAUUCCAAUAUGACAUGGGUAUGUCUGACUGCAUAAUAUGUACAGUUUUGCGCAUAAGUUUACAUGCCCUGGCAGAAUUUGUGAAAUAAUGUUGUUGUUGUUUUUUUUUUUUUUUAAUAUGACUGAUGACUGAACAACAACCAUCAUUAAUUUCUUUAUGGUUAUGUUUUGUUGAAUGAUAAUGCUUUACUGAAAUGCUUGACCGUUUAAUUUGAAUCCCAUUAAAAUAGAAUUGUUUCACCUGG